GAGAGAGUUGGAGACAAGCUAGAGAGAGAGAAAGAGGUUCUAUCACUGUAAUACCUCAUUUUGACAAGAGCAAGCCAGAAGCCCAAGCCAACAUCUAUGUCAGGGCUUUCUACCUGAAAGCUGUGCAAAGAUGAUCACCAUGAACAGUAAGCAACCUUUCAGCAUGCACCCUGUGCUGCAGGAGUCCAAGUACUCCAGCCUACAUUCAAGUUCAGAGGCUAUGCGCAGAGUUUGCCUUCAAGCCCCGCAGCUCCAGGGCAAUAUAUUUGGAGGCUUUGAUGAGAGUCUGCUGGCCCGUGCUGAAGCUCUGGCGGCUGUUGACAUUGUUUCCCACAGCAAGAACCAUCCUUUCAAGCCAGACGCGACUUACCAUACCAUGAGCAGUGUCCCAUGUACUUCUACCUCGUCUGCUGUCCAGAUUUCUCACCCUUCAUCACUGACCUCUCAUCCUCACCAUCAUCACCAAGUUCAAGGCUUGGAUAGCGAUCUUUUGGACCAUAUUUCUCCAACUUUGACGCUAAGUGGCAUGGGGGCUCCAGACCCUUCUGUGAUGUCCGCGCAACUUCACCAGCAUCACCUUGGUACCAUGGGACACCUUCAUCAAGCGAUGAGCAUGGGUCAUCCUCAUGCCAUGUCCUCUCACAACGGGAUGCCUUGCAUGAACGACGUUGAGUCGGACCCCAGAGAGUUAGAAGCUUUCGCUGAAAGGUUUAAACAAAGAAGGAUCAAACUUGGAGUAACACAGGCUGAUGUUGGCGCUGCGUUAGCAAACCUGAAGAUCCCCGGAGUUGGGUCCCUUAGUCAGAGCACCAUCUGCAGGUUUGAAUCGUUGACCCUAUCCCACAAUAAUAUGAUUGCUCUUAAACCAGUCCUCCAGGCCUGGCUGGAGGAAGCCGAAGCUGCUUACAGGGAAAAAAAUAAUAAACCAGAACUGUUCAACGGCAAUGAAAGGAAACGCAAACGCACAUCUAUAGCUGCCCCAGAAAAACGAUCUCUAGAGGCUUAUUUUGCUAUACAACCCCGUCCCUCUUCUGAAAAGAUUGCGGCGAUUGCUGAAAAACUGGAUCUUAAGAAAAACGUGGUGAGAGUCUGGUUUUGUAAUCAAAGACAAAAACAGAAAAGAAUGAAAUAUUCAGCCGUUCACUGAUUAAGGAGUCAUGGGGGACAUAUAACUUUAUUUAUUUAAAACAGCAGGGAUGUUUCCUUAUUUAAGGACUUACUAUAAACAAAGCCAUGGACUUUUAUCAUCACAAGUUGUUACAGUACUCAAGCGUACUUAAUUUUAUUAUUGGGUAUUUAUCAGUAAAGAGUUUCAGGAAAGUCACUUAAAUUAUACUGUUUAUUAUCGACGUAAUUGGCUUAUCACUUUGAAGGACUGUUGUUGCUGUGGGUCAUACUUGACAACUUUUUUUUCAGUUUUAAUAAGGCAAUAAUGAAUAAUGAGUGCAUAUGAAAAUACAGAGCUGUAAAAAAUAACCUGAACAUAUAAUAUUCCAUGCAUAUGCGCAGUUCUUAAUUAUUAGUAUUCAUACCAUAUGUUUGAAUGAUAUCAAUUGCUAUAUGGUUAAUGUUAACAUCGUAGAAUGUUAUUUUAUUUACUAUUAUUCAUAAGUCAAAUCGUGCAAAUUUUCCCUUUCUCGUCAGUUUUGAAGUUCGAAAAAAAUAGCACAGGUGUUUAAUUGCAUGUGGUCACAUAAAAUAGCCUGAGCCAAGUUACUUGAUACAGUCUAGUAUUUUAAACACUGUUGCUUAGUAAGAAUAUGGACAAAAAUGGUAACUAACACAGCACGCUCUGUAAACUUUGUAUUCGGAUGUAAUAACGCAGUAUUGCUACUUCCCGAUACCUUCGAGGAGUCUUUUAACUUUUGAGUUAAUGUUUACUUUGCUGUCCUUGGUUGUGCUGUUCUUGCACUGGCAGGUAGAAGGCAUCUCAGAGCUUUCUGCAUGCAUAGAGCUCCUAGUGCUGACCCUGUCCACACUUUGGGAGACCUUUUACUAAAAUGAAAAGCUGAAAGUGAUGUGUCAACUAAGGGAUUAUGCAAUUAAGUUUUUGUACCCUGGCCACAUAGAAAUAAUUGUUUAUUUAGUUUCCUAAAUGUCUACAGACUUUGCCGAAGCUUCUGAAAACACAGAAUGGAUGAAAAGUUUGUGCUAUGCUGAACCUGUUGAUUUCAACUCCUGUUCUAUGCGUCACUUGUGCAUUAUUUUCUGAUAUUUGUGUGGAUGUUAUUCCAAAAGAAACCUCUUGAAAUAAAUGCUUUAUUUUCAAAUGUGAAGCUACCUCAUUUAAUCAUUUUAUGCACUUGAAAUGCUCAUCUCUAACUUUCUUUA